AUGCAGCUCUCCACUAGAGCCUUGUCCCUCGUGGCACUCGUCUUGCCCCUCCUCACAUCGGCUCAAGACACGCACGAUACCCUCAAUGUCUACCAGAUGCCCGCCGAUGAGCCCGCGCCCUCGGGCCAAGUCCAUCUCGGCUGUUACCAGGAACGCACUCGCGCCACCGCCCUCAUCGUAACGGACCAGCCCGCGGCCACCGACGUUCCCACCUCCCAAGGCACCCGCUCCGACAAUAUGAGCCCCACGACCUGCACAUCCUACCGCUCCCAGUUCAAGUCAAAUAUGUACAGCCUCUCCCGUGGCGGCACCAACUACGUCAACGCCUACGGCCCGGGGACGAUGAUGACGGCUGCGGCGUCCCCUUCCAAAGCGCAGCACAUCGGCUGCCAGCGCAUGCCCACGCGCGGUGACCCGUUGGCCGAGCACGCCAAGCUCCACUCCUCGCAGAUGACGGUGCAAUGGUGCCAGGACCACUGCGGACUGUACCAGAGCAAGUACUUUAGUCUCCGCGGCGACGGGCGGGACUGUUCCUGCGGCGACGCGCCGAGCGACCGCGGCACUAGCGGGAGCAGCUUCUGCAAGACGGCUUGCACGGGUGAUAAAGAUGCGUUCUGCGGCGGCGGCACGGGCACGGCCGGAUAUUAUAACUUGGGAAACGCUGGACCUUUCCCGGAAAUGUACACGUCAAUCUACAACCCGUCCAUCAAGGAGGUUACGGAGGCCCUGGUUGAGAAUACCCAGCAGGACAUGUUCUGUCCGGGUAUCUCCAUGGACGCGGACGGCCACAUUAUCGUCAGCGGAGGCUCCACUGCGGCUAAGACGAGUAUCUUUGACGAAGACAGUAAUUCCUGGGCCGCCACUGGUGAGAUGGAGAUCCCGCGUGGGCACCAGUCUAGCACCCUCACCUCCGACAACAAGGUCUUCACCAUUGGCGGCUCGUUUCGGGGGGGUUGCAUACCCGUGGUUCUUUGCGAGACGAUAGCCACGCGUGGUUUCAUGCGUGGAAAGACGGAUACGUUUUCCAGGCCGGCCCUAGGUGCUGGAAACCGAGGAAGUGACAACGAUGCCAUGUGCGGUGUCAAUGUCAUGUACGAGGCUGUUGCCGGAAAGAUCCUCAUCAUAGGUGGUGCCCCUCGCUACGACGGCGUCGCAUCGACCGCCAACGCUCAUGUCCUUCCCAUCGGCGAGGCUGGCGGUGCCGUUGAAGUUGAGAAACUCGAAAACGCCGAACUUAAUCGUGGUUUCGCCAACGGCGUGAUUCUUCCCGACGGCAAAGUCUUUAUUAUCGGUGGCCAGAGCCGUACUGUCCUCUUCUCCGGUGCCAACCCGCAACUCUUCCCCGAAAUCUGGGACCCUGCGACCAAGGAUUUCACUGAGGUCAAGCCACUCACCACCCCCCGCAACUACCACUCGGACGGGCAAACUCUUGCCAAGCGCCCCGUCGUCUCCGAACUCUCGGUCUCCGAUUGCAAGGCCGGGAACAGCAUCACCAUAACAAUGGAAGAGGCGGCGAACUGCACUUUCCCGAUGAUAAGGAUGGGCACUUCGACACACGCCGUUAACACUGACCAGAGACAUUGCCCUCUGGAGGCCCAGACCAACAAUAAUCAGUACGCAGUUACUGUUCCAAGCGACGCCGGUAUCGCACUGCCCGGCUACUGGAUGUUGUUUGCUGUGAAUGAAGCUGGCGUUCCAGGCGUCGCAAAGAAUUUCAGAGUCGCGGUGUAA